AUGACUUCUGUUAAAACUGAAAAUAAACAAUUAAAACAAACUUUAGAAGAACAUGGUGCCAGAUUUACAAAUCUAGAACAGAAAGAUAAAGAAAAAACCAACCUUAUCGCUAAACUUGAGCAGAACGAUAAAGAAAAAACAGAUCUUAUAGCUAAAUUGGAAUAUGAUAUUUCACUAAUCAAAGGACAAGACAAGAGUAUGGUGUGUAAUCAAAUCAUUACUAAUGUUUCGCAAGAUGUAGAACCUGGAAUCUCUGAUUUAUAUCCUGACAUUGACAUAUCUAAUAUUAAAUCUAGUAUUCCUUCCGAGCAGAAAAAGAAACAAGGUUUAAUACAAGAGAUUUCAACAUCCAUUAAAGAUCAGAAUAAUAUAACUAGAAUUUCACAGAACAAUUUUAAAGAUAUGGUUAAAGAUUUUAUGGCUAAUGAUAGAGUUGGAGAGAAAAAAGCAAAAGGACAAGUAUACGAUUUUAUUAUUCAACAAUUUCCUAACACAAAGUGUGAAAACUUAUACAAGCAAACACAAAAAGCAUUAAGAGUUUAUAACUUAUUCGAGAAAAUAGGAAUGAAUAAGAUUCA